UUUCCCCCAAAUCUCCUCUCCUCUCCUCUCCAUCUCUGUAAACCCAGAAAGAAGGCUGUGUGGGUUUCACUGUUGUUGAAGUAAAAAUGGAUGAUCCUUCAAAAACCCUGUAUGGCUGCCCUUUCACACUGGUCUAGAUCACCUAAAAUCCUUUGUUUUCUCCCAAGUUUUUUAGCCAUGGAAAUGGAGACGCUCAUCGCCAAUUAAUAUACAAAAGUUUCUUUCAAAGCAACGUGGAAAAGAAUUUAGAUUUAUUCGCAGUCUCUGAUGAUGGUGGCUGCAUUGUCUCGUCCACCAACUCCUUCACAUUCCUCCGUUGAAGAACCGCAACAAGAAACAAAUACCCAUCAAAGAGAAAACCCAACAGUUGGAACAGCUAAAAGGUCUCCUCUCAAAGACAAUGGCUCAACUGUUACGAGAAAACCCAGAGUUAGACAAGUUUCUUCGAGGUAUUUGUCUCCGUCUCCUUCCACAUCUUCUUCAGCAGCAGCAGCAGCAGCAGCCAAAACGCCGGCGAGAUUUCCUUCGCCGCUUAACUCUCGUUCCACUAAUACGAUGUCGAUGGGUAGCAAAACGGCCACGAGAUUUCAUUCUCCGCUUGUUUCUCGUUCAACAAACGCUAGUUCUACUUCAACGACUUCGUCUUUGCUUCACAAACGGUCUCAAUCCGUCGACCGGAGGCGGCCGGGGAGUCAAUUGUCGCAAGGAAAUAAUGUUAAUGGCACCGCGGAAAUGUCAGCUGCUACCAAGAUGUUGAUUACUUCAACGAGAAGUUUGUCGGUUUCUUUUCAAGGGGAAGCCUAUUCGCUUCCGAUCAGUAAGACAAAGGCUCCAGUGGGUUCUACUUUGAUAAGGAAAGUGACUCCUGAGAGACGUCGAGCUACUCCGCUGAGAGAUCACGGGGAGAACUCGAAGCCGGCGGAUCAGCAACUCUGGCCCGGGAGAACACGUCAAAUGACUCCGGGUUCCGGUUCAGCUUCGAAUCCGUUGCAUAGGAGUUUGGUUUGUGGCAGUGAAAGGAAGGUUUUCGGAUCUGGGGCAGUGUUAGCUAAGUCAUUGCAACAAUCGGUGAUGCUUGAUGAGAGUGUUAGGAGGGUUUCCUUUGAUGGUGGUAGUAGAUUGAGUUUGGAUUUGGGAAGUUCCGAGUUAAUAAAAGAAGCCAAUAAGCAAAACCCAGAUUCCAAUUCUUUAAAUGAGGCUCAUUGUGAACUUGCUGCAUCUGAUACAGAUAGUAUAUCUUCUGGGAGCACCAAUUCUGGAACCGGCAGAAGUGGGAAUUUGAAAGGGAAGAAUGGACUCAGUAAUAUUGCCGUGUCUGCAAGGUUUUGGCAGGAAACUAAUAGCCGGUUAAGGUGGUUGCAGGACCCGGGUUCACCAUUGUCUUCAAGCCCGGGUUCUAGAAUUGGUUCUCCAGCUAAGUUUAGUCAAUCAAGAAGGAUUUCUUGUGAUGGUGCAGUGGCUUCUCCUAUGAGACGUAGUAUAGGACCUGCUUCUCCUAGUAAGCUUUGGACAUCUUCGAGUUCGUCUCCAUCAAGAGGGCUAAGUCCUGGUCGGGUUAGAAAUGCAGUUGGUAGUAAAGAGAUGAGUGGUACUGCUGUUAACACCCCUUCGAUCCUUAGCUUUUCUGUUGAUAUUCGGAGAGGAAAGAAGGGAGAGGAUCGAAUUGUUGAUGCUCACAUGUUGAGGCUUUUUUAUAAUGGUUAUUUGCAAUGGAGAUUUGCAAAUUCAAGGGCAGAUGCUACUUUCAUCACGCUGAAACUGAGUGCUGAGAAAAAUCUGUGGAAUGCAAGGGUAACAACAUCAGAACUGCGGCAUUCUGUCACCCUCAAGAGAAUUAAGUUGCUAUUGCUGAGGCAAAAGUUGAACUUGACUUCCAUCCUGAAAAGACAAAUAGCUCAUUUAGAAGUGUGGGCCCUUCUCGAAAGAGAUCACUCUAGCUCCUUGCUAGGAGCAACUGAAGCUUUAAAGGCUAGUACUCUUCGACUUCCAAUUGUUGGAAAAGCCACAGUUGAUAUCCAAAAUCUGAAGGAUGCUGUCAGUUCAGCAAUUGAGAUGAUGCAGGCAAUGGCAUCUUCAGUAUUCUCACUAUCAUCCAAGGUGGAGGAAAUGAAUUCUUUGGUAGCAGAACUUGUUAGCUUGGCUGCAAAGGAAAAGGUUUUGCUUGAACGAUGUAAAGAGUUUUUGUCCACAAUAGCAUCCAUUCAGGUUAAGGACUGUAGCUUAAGGUCGCGUAUAGUACAAGUAAACCGCAUUUCCACAACCAGCAACCUGACCACGCAUGUGUAGAACUAAUCUUUUUUGACAACUCACCUAAACGCUAACAUUACACCCGAGCUCAUGUUUCUUACAAUAGGCGGAGGCAGCACCGGACAAAAUCACAGCAGACUGAAUACAUCUUAGGUUUGUCUUCUCAUUUUAGCAGUUUUAGAACCAGUUGUCUUAUGAUCAAGUGGCCUUUCCCUUAAGCUGAUUUCUGUAUACAAGAACUCGCCGAUUUUUUUGGUCUUCUUCUUUUAUUAGGUAAAAAGAAGCAUGUAUGUAUAAAUAUGUAAGUUCAUCCGAUAAUUGAUUAUCA